AUGGCUUUCCAUCUCCAAUGUUUAUUUUUGUUUGUUAUGACCACAUUUCUCACAAAUCCUUCUCAUGCACAACUCACACCUGAUUUUUACAACGAAGUUUGCCAUCAGGCAUUGCCAAUCAUUAAAUCAGUUGUUAAGAAUGCAAUAUCCCGUGAACGACGCAUGGGAGCAUCUUUACUUCGUUUACAUUUCCACGACUGUUUUGUCAAUGGCUGUGAUGGAUCAGUUCUGCUGGAUGACACCCCAAACUUCAUUGGCGAGAAGACUGCAUUCCCAAAUAUGGGUUCAAUUAGAGGUUUGGAGGUGAUUGAUGAAAUUAAAGCAGCAGUUGACAAAGCUUGCAAACGCCCUGUGGUAUCAUGUGCAGAUAUCUUAGCUAUAGCCGCUCGUGAUUCUGUGUCCAUAUUGGGAGGUUCACGCUAUUGGUUCAAUGUGUUACUAGGCAGAAGAGAUGCAAGAACUGCUAGCAAAGAUGCUGCAAACUCCAAUCUUCCUGCUCCUUUUUUAACCUUCUCCCAGCUUCUUUCUAAUUUUCAAUCACAUGGUCUUGACCUCAAAGAUCUCGUAGCUCUCUCUGGUGCCCACACCAUUGGAUUUGCUCACUGCUCAACCUUUCAGAGCAGGAUCUAUAAUGACACCAACAUAGCCCCAAAGUUUGCAUCUGCUUUGCAGGGUAUGUGUCCUAAAAGUGGUGGAGAUAACAAUUUGGUGGCAUUGGAUCAUGCCACUCCUACAAGAUUUGACACUUCAUACUAUAAGGCUUUGCUGAGUAAAAGGGGUCUCCUCCAUUCUGAUCAAGAGCUCUUCAAAGGAGAUGGUAGUGAAAGUGAUGCAUUGGUGCAGCUAUAUAGCAAGAACCCAUUUGCUUUUGCCAGAGAUUUUAAAGCUUCCAUGAUCAAGAUGGGUAACAUGAAGCCUCUUACUGGGAACUUUGGUGAGAUAAGAAUGAAUUGCAGAAAAGUCAACUAA